CGUGUUAUGUAUGAUUUUGCUGCUGAGCCUGGAAACAAUGAACUGACCGUCAGUGAAGGGGAGAUCAUCGUAAUUACCAACCCGGAUGUUGGUGGAGGCUGGCUAGAAGGAAGAAACAGCCAGGGUGAGAGAGGACUUGUUCCAACAGAUUAUGUUGAGAUUAUAACUGAAGGUGCAAAAGAUGAAAUUACCUGCGGUAACUCAUUAGCCGACCAAGCCUUCUUUGAUUCCCUUUCUUCAAAUACAGCUCAGACUAACUCUGCGGCAAAAAGUAGUAAUCAGGCAAACAAUGCCAGUGAUCCUUGGUCCAGCUGGAAUGUUGGGAAGUCUGGGAACUGGGAUAAUGGGAACACUGACAACUGGACGUCAAAAGCUGAAAGUGCAUCUGGCCAGAGAAACAGUGCUUCAAAUAACUGGGAGACAGCAGCAGCAUUCGGUCAUCCGCAGGCGUAUCAAGGACCAGCAGCUGCUGAUGACGAUGAUUGGGAUGAUGACUGGGAUGAUCCAAAAUCAACUUCACCAUCUUAUAUUGGUUAUAAGGAGGCUGAGACAUCAGAUGCUGGUGGAGUCCAGCGUGGAAAUUCACGUGCAGCUGCUAUGAAGUUACCACUUAACAAAUUUCCUGGAUUUGCAAAACCUGGGAUGGAACAGUAUCUAUUGGCAAAGCAGCUAGCAAAACCCAAAGAAAAAAUUCCCAUAAUUAUUGGUGAUUAUGGCCCAAUGUGGGUUUAUCCUACCUCUACGUUUGACUGUGUGGUGGCAGAUCCCAAAAAAGGUUCCAAAAUGUAUGGUCUCAAGAGCUACAUUGAGUAUCAGCUGACCUGCACUAACACUAAUCGGUCUGUCAACCACAGAUACAAGCACUUUGACUGGUUGUAUGAGCGUCUUCUGGUUAAAUUUGGGUUAGCCAUUCCAAUCCCAUCUCUUCCAGACAAGCAAGUAACAGGCCGCUUUGAAGAAGAAUUCAUCAAAAUGCGUAUGGAGAGACUGCAGGCUUGGAUGACAAGGAUGUGUCGCCACCCUGUUGUCUCAGAAAGUGAAGUUUUCCAGCAAUUUCUCAAUUUCCGAGAUGAGAAGGAAUGGAAAACUGGAAAGCGGAAGGCAGAAAAAGAUGAAACUGUAGGAGUCCUGAUCUUUUCCACAAUGGAACCAGAAGCUCCUGACUUGGAUAUGGUAGAAAUAGAACAGAAAUGUGAUGCAGUGGGUAGGUUCACCAAAGCAAUGGAUGAUGGAGUUAGAGAGCUGCUCACAGUUGGACAAGAGCACUGGAAAAGGUGUACAGGGCCACUACCCAAGGAAUACCAGAAGAUAGGAAAAGCAUUGCAGAGCCUGGCACUGGUCUUCAGCACUAGUGGAUACCAAGGAGAAUCUGAUCUCAACGGAGCAAUAACAGAAGCAGGAAAAACCUAUGAAGAAAUUGCCAGUCUUGUAGCAGAUCAGCCGAAGAAAGAUCUUCACUUUUUGAUGGAAACAAAUCAUGAAUAUAAGGGAUUUCUUGGUUGCUUCCCUGACAUCAUAGGAGCUCAUAAGGGAGCAAUAGAAAGAGUGAAGGAAAGUGAUAAAUUAGUUGCAACCAGUAAAAUAACACCGCAAGACAAACAGAACAUGGUGAAACGUGUAAGCACCAUGUCUUACGCACUACAAGCUGAGAUGAAUCACUUCCACAGUAACCGCAUUUAUGACUACAACAGUGUCAUUCGUCUGUAUCUGGAGCAGCAGGCACAGUUCUAUGAAACGAUUGCACAGAAGCUGAGGCAGGCACUCAGCCGCUUUCCUGUGAUGUAA